AUGUCCCUCCGGCUGGCUCGUCCCUCGAGCCAGCUCCUCCGCCGCGCCGCCGCGCGCCCCGCAUCCGCCGCGGUCGUCCACGCCGCCCGCGCCCUCCACACCUCCAAGCCGUCGCAAGCCCACGUCGCCCAACCGACGCUGACCAAGUACGCGGCGCAGACCGAGCAGCUGCACGCCUACGGCGCGUACCUCACCCAGUGCCUCCCCAAGUUCAUCCAGCAGUUCUCCGUCCUCAAGGACGAGCUCACGCUCUACUGCCAGUACAAGGCCUGCAUGGACGUCUCCGGCGCGGACUACCCCGAGCGCGAGAAGCGGUUCGAGGUCGUCUACCACCUCCUCAGCGUCAAGCACAACUCCCGCAUCCGCCUCAAGACGUACGCGACCGAGGUCGACCCCGUCCCCUCCGCCGUCUCCGUCUUCCGCGGCGCGGACUGGUACGAGCGCGAGAUCUGGGACCUCUACGGCGUUUUCUUCAAGGACCACCCCGACCUCCGCCGUAUCCUCACUGAUUACGGUUUCGAGGGCCACCCACUCCGCAAGGACUUCCCGUUGACGGGAUACACCGAGGUGCGGUACGACGAGGAGCGCAAGCGCGUCGUGUACGAGCCUCUGCAGCUCACCCAGGCAUUCCGGAAUUUCGACUCCCUCUCGCCAUGGGAGCAGGUCGGCGACGGCACCACUCCGAAAAGGCCGGACGAGUUCAAGCCCGUGCCCCCUCCGCCGCCCGCGCCCGAGGAGAAGAAGUAG